AAACUUCAAUAUGAAUCGCUAUUUGCUGCAUAUUCUUAUUGUAACUGUAUUGUGUUACAAAGUUUUAUCUGUACCGGUAACGCCAACGGAAAUUCCUCAGGAUGAUGAAGAUGACGAUUGGGAUGACGAUGACGAGUCAUCUGAAGUUGAUGAUGAUGGUCGUGUUUAUAAAAAUCCGCGCAAUUCACCAUCGUCCGAUUGUCCGCGUGACGAGGAGCAAGCUACUUUACUCGGUCAAAAAUGUUUAAGGAAAUGUUCUUCCGAUGAAGAUUGCAAAAGUAAGAAAAAGAAGUGCUUAUGUGAUGGCGUAUGUGGAAUGUCUUGUAUUAAACCAGAUAGAGAAUGUCCGGAACUUGCUCAGCCAACAUUGGGUCAGGUUACUGUUGGAGGUCGACAUUUUGGUGCCAGGGCGUCAUAUUCCUGUCCACACGGCUAUCAUGUGGUGGGUCUUCAAAGCCGGCUAUGUCAAGCAGAUGGGAAUUGGGCGGGUGCGGAGCCAGCCUGCAAACAAAAUAUAUAUUGUUUGAAACCACCACAAAUUGAACAUGCCCGUAACUCGGCUCUCCCGGAACAGGAGACAUUUGAUCUUGAUUCAACCGUACAAUACCAUUGUCACACUGGUUACGUUACAAAUGGUUUUCCUCGCGCCAAAUGUCUAGCAAUUGAUGGUCAAGCCAGUUGGUAUGGACCGGAUAUACAAUGUGAACCUCGCUCUUGUGGCCAACCUCCUGAUCCGGCUAAUGGUUGGCACUCGGGAGAAUGUUAUACGUACGGAUGUAAAAUCACAUAUAAUUGUGGCACUGGAUAUGAGUUGGUUGGAAAACAUGAGCGCACAUGUCAAUCGGAUGGCUCUUGGACGCCAAAGGAACUGCCAACAUGUGUCUUGGUAACAUCCGUUGUAUGUCCAACACCAGAGAAUCCUAAAAAUGGUAAAGCUACUUACACUACAUUGGCGUAUAAUUCGGUUGUAAGCUACGAAUGCCGGUAUGGAUACACAUUAAUGGGGGAAAGUUCCAGCCGAUGUGGUGCCGAUAGAAAGUGGAGUGGCACGUUACCAAUUUGUAAAGAAAUAAAUUGUGGACAUCCUGGAAAUUUAUAUAACGGUUGGAUUGAAAAUAUCGACGCCGGUACCGGAUUAGGCGCUAGUAUUAUAUUCCGUUGUCAGCCAGAUAUGCUAAUGCAUGGACAUGCCUCAAGUGUUUGCCAAAUAGAUGGUAGAUGGCGUAAUUCUCUUCCAGAAUGUUUGGCACCUUGUGUUGUACCCGCCAUAUCUCAAGGAUAUGUAGUGCCAAUCGAAAUCAUAACCGAUGAAAAUGGAACUACUAUUAUAACGCCGACAACAACCACACAAUCGCCUCUAUUGCAAACAGCCAAUGUCGAGAAAGUUAAACAUGGCACUGCACUUGAUGUGAAGUGUGAUGAAAAUUAUGAAUUCCCAGUCUCAUUACUAAGUCCUCCAACAUGUCACAACGGAACAUGGAGUAUUAUACCCCGUUGUGUACCGGCAAGGUGUAAAAGUAUGCCCAAACCACCUAAGCAUGGUAUGGUGUUGGCUCCAAAAACAGAGCAUGGAAUGAAGGCUAGAUUUAAAUGUAAGGAUGGUUUUAAAUUGGUGAGUCCGGAAGGGAAAGAUGUUACAGAUCCCAAUGAUUAUGUACUAACUUGUUCAUUUGGAAAUUGGACUGGAGAAACGCCACAUUGUAUAGAGGUAUUUUGCUCUUUUCCCGGUUAUAUUCCCAAUGGUAAAGUAUUACUUGUCGGAAAUAUGGGAUUGUAUGAUUAUAGGCCAUACGUUAAAAAGAUUGUAAAUAAUAAACAAAUUAUGUACGACUGUGACAAAGGCUAUGUAUUAGAUAUAGGUCCACCUGGAGCUACCUGUGUUGGUGGAAAGUGGCGACCUUUAGAGUUGCCUCAAUGUUUAUUAGGCCAACAUCCACGUCUUCGAUGGAAUCGCCGCCGCCGAUCCAUUGAAAUGAGAUAUCUGCGGUCAUCAUAUCUCAUGAAACAUAAACGCAAUCUGGAACGUAAUCUUAGAAAUGAAAUUUUCAAUCAUUUUCCGAAUUGGGACAACUUCUUAUUCGAUGAAACCCAUGCAAACAAAAAGAAAAGUCGAUCAAAGCGCAGUCCCACAGAUAUUGAAGAAGCAUACUCAAAGUACUAUGAACGUAUUAAGCAAAAGUAUCAUGACUUUGUUAAAUAUCUUCUCGGAUAUAACAACGGAUUGUAUAAAUCAAUGGACAUUCGUAAACCAGCUAAAAAAUUAAAGGUACACAAUGGUCGCUGGUACUACGUAGACAACGAAACUGAACAAAACCCCAAAUAUAAGGUCUUACAUAAACCAAAAUCUGCAAUUGACGACUUUAAUAUCAAUGAAUACGAUGAACUCGAAAAUAAAGCGCACAGAACAGUAGGCAAAAUAGCGUUACCGAACAUGUAUGAAAAUUCUCAGUAUACCUCGCUAAGAAGGACUAAUGAGCCGACGCUGUUAAAAAGCAACUCGUACAAUUAUGUGAUAGAUACACCGACUCGUAAUUUCAAAACAUCUAACGAUUCGGACUUUAUCGAACAAUUAAAAGCUCAAAUCAUACGAAAGCGAAGAAAACGAAGUUCCAGUUAUCCAACCGAUACUGACACAGAUCCAUCAGAGCAGUUUGAUAAUAAAGAGGGCCGUAAACGAUUACGUGGGCCGUGUGAAGAUUUGGCCUGGGAUUCAUUUGCUAAUAUUACUACUGUAAGACCUGGAAAAGUUCCUGGCAGAAAUAGUGUCGGUAUUAUUUUAAGUCUGGAAUGUAAUGCCGGAUUUAAAUUGAAUAUAAAGGGAGAGAAUGCCACUGCCCGCUGUAUCCGUGGUAUUUGGAAACCAGAAACACCGAAAUGCAUAUCAGCACCAUGUAUGGUACCAUCUGUGGAUAAUGGAAAGUACUAUAAAGUGGAACCACAUACAACAGAACUUUCAGAUAAACCAUCUCUAACACCUCUCUCAACUUAUGAAGAAAUUCAGUCAAAUGAAUUCAUAACAUUGGAAUGUGAAGAUGGCUUUAAAAUAGAGGGUUCUGCUCAGUUAAGAUGUGCACAUGGCAGUUGGUCCGUUAAAGCAUUCUCAGAAUGUGUUUCUGUGGCGUGUACUUUACCCAAUAUAACAGGACUUAUAUACGAGGGAGGUUAUAGAGCUGGUCUAACAAUUGGUCAUGGUAGUUCAGUAUAUGUACGUUGCAAUCAUUCUUCCAGUACACUUCCAAUAGAAAUGGCAUGCAGUAAAGGUGUUAUAAGUCCGCGGAAUAUACAUUGCGAAACAGGAAUGCGAAAGUCACGAGAAGAAAUUUUAACAGACUCAUUGGCUGCCGAAUCAAGUGAAAAUGAGGACAAUAGUAUCGAUGUAUCGCACAUACUGGACACUUCGGAUAUGGAAGAAGAUUCCAACUCAACCGACGAACACACGAUCGAUGAGUCUAAAAUGUGUGGACCUCCGACUAUGAAUGAAGGUGCUCUCAUUUAUGUAAAUGACAAAAACAAUAUGAAGAUAGAGAGAAUUUACGAGAGCGGCACAGAAAUUUACUUUAAUUGCAUACCUAGCGCUUCCGGAGAACGUAACACAUGGAAAAUUAUAUGUGAAAACGGACAAUGGAUCGGACGAUCAUAUAACUGUGCAAAUGGAACAUGCGUAUUUCGAAAUAAUGAACCGAAUGUUGUGAGCUUCUAUAAUGAUUUGGAAAUCCGAGAAGAUGUUGUUGAAUUUCCACCAGGCGCAACUAUAACUUCCAGAUGUACCGAUAUUGGAAAAUUUGAGCUAAUUGGAAGUAUUGAACGUACAUGCAUUCAUUCCGAAUGGACUGGAACAAAACCUCAAUGUUUUGGUUUAAAUCAAGAAAACGAUUACGCCAUGGAAAAGGCUCCAACAAUAUUAUUUCGACGUCAAAAUGGACCAAUUGCACAAAGCAAUGAUGGAAAACUAAUUGUAUAUCCUGGUACAACUUUGCACAUGGAAUGUUUAUGGAUGAGACGCUUUGGAAAUCCAAAAUGGUCUGUAAGCCAUGACUACAAAAACUAUACUGAAGGAUGGGUUACAGAUGAGGGUCGUGAUGCUACGCUAGAAUAUCGCCUUACCAUAUCAGAAGCUCAAACUGACGACUCUGGAUCUUAUUCUUGUGAAACUCCAGCUAGGCAUAAACACUCUGUCGAAGUGGUGGUUAAGAGUAUCAAUUGUCCCGAAAUACCAACAAGGCGCGGUUUGAUUGUAAACACAAACGAAACAAAGCUCAGCACUAGAGUAUUAAUGUCAUGUUCCAAUGGCAACUCGCUAAUCGGUGCAUCAGAGCUCUUUUGUCUUCCUAGUGGAAAUUGGAGUGCACCAUUGCCCGUGUGUGAAAGUGUCGAGUGUGGUGAUAUACCACUACCUAACAACAUCAGCUCACCAAGAGUAUCUGUUCUGUCACGAGAAGUAGGUGGACGGGCAGCUUUUUCGUGCUCAUCUGGUUAUGGAUUAAGGGGACCCUCGGAAGCAAUCUGUAUGCCAUCGGGUGAAUGGGCUACACCUUUUCCUACAUGUGUAGAAGUUCAAUGUGAUAAUCCCGGAGCUCCACAAAACGGGUAUGCUCAAGGACAGGCUCCAUAUCGAGCUGGAGACGUUGUUCAAUUCAACUGUAAUCCAGAAUAUAUGAUGCAAGGUCAACCAAUAAUAGCUUGCCAAGAUAAUGGUCGAUGGUCGGGUGGGUUGCCAAAAUGUGUGCAAGCGUGUUCAUAUCCAGGAACAGCGAUCAGUGGUCAUAUGUCUUCUGUUCAAUUCUAUUAUGCAAUUGGAGACAGUAUAACAUUCAAUUGUGAUGCUGGUCUCGAAUUGCGUGGACCGAAAAUUGUUAAAUGUCUUAAAAAUGGCAAAUGGUCCGGAGCUAUUCCCCAAUGUGUAACAGCUGAUUAAAUCUAUUGCGAUAAUAAUUUAAUUUACCCACUUAGGCCUGGGGUCGAAUUACCGUAUUCGAUAUCGAACAAGAAAUGUAGUACAUUUUAUUAUCCUUUCGAAAUCGACAGUAUCAUUCGAUCACGGAUAUGGUAAUUCGGCCCCUGUUAUCUUAUCUUGUUAAGUUUACUUUAGCUUUCACCGGGAAUCCUAAAUGCGCGUAAUUUCUUUGAACUAAAUAACUCGACAACAACUACAAAACAAUUACAAGAAAAUCAUCAGAGUGCUUA